AUGGUUGGUGUCUGUUUCUCAGCUUCUGUGCGACAGCAAUCGCAUGUUUUCAACGCUUCCAAUGGGCGUGAAUUUCAAAUCUCCCCCGACCGACCCCUUACCCCUGCCCCCCUCCCCUUCACUGAACAGACCAACAUUACUUCACUGCCACGAAUGGCGCCCACUGCCAAAGCCAAGCUAGACAAGGAGGAGAAGCAGAAACCAGAUCGGGCGGAUCAGGUGGCUCGGCUGAUGGGCUUGCUACAUCGUGAUCACACGCAGCCUCACGAACCUCCGCCGCCCGACGAGGACGACGACCAAGACCACCCCCCUGCCGCCGCCGCCAAGCCUGCGGCUCCCAGCGCGGCGGCCAGCCGCUGCUCCAACAGCGGAAGGCGGGCGGCCCCUGAGAGCGCUGACGGAUCGUCGGCGUCGGCGCGGCGCAGCAGCACACCUCCCAGCCCGUCGCACGGCAUGGCGCCGUCCGUGUCGUGGGAGGGGCAUUGCAGUUCGCGAGGCGCAACCGCGGAAUCUCCUCGCUACGCCAACGCGCCGCCGCCGCAGCAGCAGCAAAUGCGCGGCCGUCCACGUCCUCAAGCAGUGCAAGCGCCGUCGCCACGUGGCGCUCAAGCCGUCGCGCGGUCCUUCAACGACGGCGGGGUUGAAUCCCCGCACACUCCGCCGGACCAGCCCCCUCCGCGCAUCGGCCCAACAGCCUCGUCGCCGCACUCCGGCGCGGGGCUGCGUGCUCUGCCGCGGCCCAAGACCGGGGAGCAGCUUCAAGGCCCGCCGCUGCCGUCACCACGGGGAGCGCCUUCCCCCAAGACGUGGAGCAACCCCGAUGGUGCCGCCCCAGGCCACGCCGCCGCACCGCGAAAGAACCGAGCACCUUCCAUCCGGCUCGAUGGCGUGUCGGGCGACGACGUCACUGGUAGCGGCGGCACGACGCCGAAGGGAGCGGCGGCGCGGCCAAGUUCAUCAACGGGUCGUCGCGACCCGAACCGCGCGUGCAGCAUGGGCGAUUUCCCCGACGCGCGCCUCGCCGACGGUGGCAGUAGCGGCGCACUCAUGCCCCCCCUGUCGCCCCUCGGCAGCGCAGGUGGUGGCGCGCGAUCGGCGGUAGGCGCGCGGGGGAGGCGCGUGGCGACGAAGCACGCGAGUCUGGGUAACCAGGAGUACGAGCGCAUGCACGUCGCCACCUCGCCGGGCCCGGUCAACCCCAGCCUGUCGCCGCUACACGCGGGCGCCGUACCUCGAGCAGGCGGAAAGCAGGCGGCUGCCCUCCCCCUCCCCGCCGCCGCCGCAUGCGCGCACCUCAGCCAGCCCUGGCGCUGGCGCUGCUGGUGCGCCGACCGGCCGGGUGAAGCCGGGGAGGCGAGCGAGCAUGGGAGCGGACGGCAUGGAGGCCAUGAUGCGCGCAGCGGCGGCGGCCGCCACCGACGGCAGGCGCGAGAGCGUCGAUGA